UUAAUCACCUCGGGGUUUUUUAUUUUUUCUUAAACAAACCAAAAACCACUGAAAAUUUUGAAAAAAAAAAGUUUUUUCUUAGUUUUUGUUAUAAAAUUUUGUAAAUAAGUGAUUUUUCUCCUUCACUGAUGUGCGCUAAUGAGGCUGCAGUGAUGGACGCUGAUGAGGAGCCACUGGUAGGCACUGAUAUGUGGCACUGGUGUGGCACUGAUGGGCACUGGCACGUGGCACUGAUGAGCACUGAC